AUGACGUCGGAUGCGAAAGAGCUAUUGGAGACGAAGAACGGAGGGAGGUUCGGAAAGCAAUUGAGGAAGGAGUUCUUGUUUGAAGAAGGCUUUACGAAUUUGAACCAUGGCUCCUUUGGCACCUAUCCCCGCGCCAUCCGCGACGUCUUCCGCUCCUUCCAAGACGCCCACGAAGCUCGCCCAGAUGACUUCAUCCGCUACCAGUAUCCCAAGUUCAACGAUGAAGCCCGUCAAGCAUUGUCAAAAUACCUCAACGUCCCCACCUCAGAGCUCGUCUUCGUCCAAAACGCCACCACAGGCGUAAACACCGUCCUGCGCUCCUUGACUUUCGCCCCAAAUGAGUACAUCCUCUACAGCGCGACCAUCUACGGCGCGUGCGAGAAAACCGUGGCCUACAUAACCGAGACCACGCCCGCGAAAGCCGCAAAGAUCGAGUACACUUUCCCUGUAGAAGAUGACUGGCUAGUUUCCGCCUUCAAGUCCAAGAUCGAGGAGAUUGAAAAGAGCGGUGGGAAAGUAAAAGUGGCGCUGUUUGACACUGUAGUUAGUAUGCCGGGCGUGAGGCUGCCGUUUGAGCGCAUCACCGAGGUGUGCAGGGAGAAGGGGGUUUUGAGUUUGAUUGAUGGCGCGCAUGGCAUUGGGCAUGUGUCUCUCGACCUCAAGGCACUGGAUGCAGAUUUCUUCGUGAGUAACUGCCACAAGUACGUCUCUUCUCUCUUCCUCACCUUCUCCUUCUUCCCUCCAGUAAGCAAUGCUAACCCAAGGGAAAGAUGGCUCCACGUCCCCCGCGGCUGCGCAAUAUUCCACGUCCCUCUCCGCAACCAACCACUCAUCCGCAGCACCCUCCCCACCUCUCACGGCUUCAUCCCGCGCCCUGCACCGCCCUUCACCGCAACAAAAAACCCACUUCCUCCCUCCAACGCUCCAAAAUCCGACUUCGAGGUCAACUUUGAGUUCAUCGGUACUAUCGACGCGUCGUCCUAUUUGUGCGUUCCUGCAGCCCUAAAAUGGCGUGAGUCCAUCGGCGGCGAGGAGGCAAUCAUGAGUUACUGCCAGACGCUCGCGAAGCACGGGUCGAAGCGCAUGGCGGAGAUUUUGGGGACGAAGGUCUUGGACAACAGCACAGAAACGCUGACAAGGUGCUGCCUGGCGAACGUGGCGCUGCCGUUGGAUGUGAAGAGGAUGUAUGAGAUUGGGAGGAACGCGGGGCUCGAGGAGGCUGCCAUUGGCGUUGCCAUGCGGGAUUGGAUGAGCAGGACGUGGAUUGAUGACUACAAAACGUUUAUGCAGUCGAUGUUCUACGAUGGGAGGUGGUGGAUCAGGAUGAGUGGACAGGUGUAUCUUGAAAUGGCGGAUUACGAGUGGGCUGCGAAGAUCAUAAAGGAAGUUUGUGAGAGGGCAGAGAAGGGCGAAUGGGCUGUGAAAGGAAAGGCUAGGCUGUAA